GGCACGGAGAACUAGACACUGAUCCGAAGGUCCGUGAACGCACCAGAUUAGUUGCAGAUCCGAGUGACUUCACUCGUCGGACGCAGUGACAACAACAAAAUUAUGCACAACUCCACAAGCGGCUUCUCACAGGUGGUGUUCAGGGACAUCCCGCACUCGUACCCUCCAGCCACCUCCGUCAGCUGCUGCUACACUCUCGCUGCACACUUCCAGCCCAGUCCACGCGACUGGGUGGGCAUCUUUAAGGUUGGGUGGAGCACCAUAAAGGACUAUCACACAUUUGUGUGGGUGGAGUCGUGCGGGGACUCCAGCCAAGAACAGUCAUCGAAGAGGCAUGCUUAUUUUAAAGAUUAUUACCUGCCCAAGGAUGAGUUGGACUUCUAUCAGUUCUGCUACGUGGACAGCUCGGGUCAAGUGUGCGGCGCCAGCACACCCUUUAGCUUCAAAGCGCAGGAUGUCAACAAUGAGCAAAGUGCAGCAAACAGCUCAGACGACCUGCUGGUCAUUACCACACAGGAACAAGUGGAGCAGAGCGAUCGGGAGAUUGCGUCGCUGAAGGACGAGGCCCAUCGCAUCCAACGGCAAAACGCAGAGUUGGAAAAAGCUCUGCGGGAGGAGAGACGAGAAGCCGCCGUCAUGAAGGACAAACACGAUGAACUCGUGUCAGAACUGCGUCAGACGAAAGAGAACAAAGAGAGUCUUCUGUGCACUUUGCAGGAGCAACAUGAAGAAAUCCAACAUUUAAAGGAAGAGAUGUUGGUCCACAUGGCCAAUCAGGUGGAACUUCAGGAGCAGAACCUUCCUGAAUGCAUAGAGUCAGAUCCAAAUUCAGGUGAUGACAACGGACUGUUGCUACAAACUGAGCUGCAACUCCGAGAAGCUCACGCAGUGAUCGCGGACAAGGAUGCUGUGAUCAAGGAGGAGAAGAACUUGUCGUCCAUGUUGAAGCGCCACAACCAGGAGCUUGCUCAAGAGAACCAAAAACUCACACGUGACAUUGAGGAGCUGCGCAGGACUUUGGAUGAGCUUCAAAUGCGUACGAGCACCCACUCGGCGGACCAGAAUGCCACCACGACGACCCACUGUGCCACAACACAGUCGGAUGCUGCGGAGACAUGUGACCUGUCAUAUGACAACAUACCUGUAGUGAGCAUUGUCGAAGAUGAUGAGGAAGACCAGCCGGCCCUGAUGUGCCGCCAUUGCCUGGAGAGCUUCCCAGGAAGCACGCGGGCGGAGGUGGAGUGUCAUGAGCGCAAUCAUCAAGUGUGUCCCUUCUGCACGCUCAUAUGCGACGACAUGGAGCAGAACGUGUUCGAAGACCACGUCUACAGCCACGAGAUGUGACGGUGAAAAGCACCUGCCCGGUGUUCCUAAAAAGAAGUCAAUGAAUGAUUGUUAAAAAGCGGAAAGGUGGGCUUGAGCAUUUUGAAUCGAGGCAGUGGUUCUCAACUGUUUUUUUUUUGUAUUAACCCUUUGCUGCCAAGUCGUGACCCUCCUGUAUAGAAGUGAACAAAGAAAGAAAAUCUAUUGUUCAAAAAUAGCCCCUUGCAAAUAUGUAUUUAGAAAAAAUGCACAGCCAUGUACGGUUGUAACAGUGUGCUCUCUUCUGCCCCGUGACCAUGUAUUCUUACGCUAUGCACCAAACGAUGCAUCUUUCGUCACACAACAAUGCCUAUUUACGCCUUGCUGUUUGAAGUGGUAAUAGAUGAAAGGAGAGAAUUCAUCUUUUGUAACCUCAAGAUCACUUGGAUGACCUACUUUUCGGUCUUAAACCACCAGUCGAGAAUCACUGCUUCCAGGGGGUAAAGCCACGAUAAUUGCAGCUUAAACGGUGCCAAAGCUUUGCACAGUCUUAAAGAGAUCACAACAGUCUAAAUGUAUUUUUAUUCAUGAUGAGACAUGAUUUUUAGACAAUAAAGUGCGGCCAUAAAAACAAAA